CGCGUAAUCACAAUUCACAGUCACUCACAGGUCUUUCUCUCUCUCUCUCUCACUCCACUUCCAGACUUGUCUUCUCUUUCCGAAUCGGUAUAUUCGUUUUCUUCUUCUUCAUUCUUCAUCUUCAUCAUCAUCAAUCAUCGAGAACCAGCAGUUACAGUUCUACAGCACAAUUGAGCAAUUCAGCCAUGGCAGGAAAUGAUUGGCUCAACAGCUACCUAGAAGCGAUUCUCGACGUUGGCCCUGGCCUCGACGAUGCUAAAUCCUCUCUUCUCCUCCGUGAGCGAGGGAGGUUCAGCCCUACUCGCUACUUCGUCGAAGAGGUUAUCGGUUUCGAUGAGACCGAUCUCCACCGUUCUUGGGUUCGUGCUUCCACAUCUAGAAGCCCUCAGGAAAGGAACACCAGGUUGGAGAAUAUGUGCUGGCGGAUUUGGAAUCUCGCUCGUCAGAAGAAGCAGCUUGAGAGUGAGACGGCGCUGAGAGUGACUAAGCGGCGAAUCGAACGGGAGAGAGGGCGGAGGGAAGCUACUGCUGACAUGUCUGAGGAUUUAUCUGAAGGGGAGAGGGGAGAUCCGGUCAGUGAUGUCUCUGCUCACGGCGGCGAUGGCGGUAGAACUAGGUUGCCGAGAAUUAGUUCCGCUGAUGCUAUGGAGACAUGGGCUAAUAGUCAGAAGGGGAAGAAGCUCUACAUUGUGCUCAUAAGCAUUCAUGGCCUAAUCAGAGGUGAGAAUAUGGAGCUGGGACGUGAUUCAGAUACUGGGGGUCAGGUCAAGUAUGUGGUUGAACUCGCAAGGGCCUUGGGAGCAAUGCCUGGAGUAUAUCGGGUUGAUUUGCUAACUAGGCAAGUCUCAGCGCCCGGGGUAGAUUGGAGUUAUGGGGAACCAAUAGAAAUGUUGUCUUCAUUAAACACCGAGGAGGAUUAUGGAGAUGACAAGGGAGAGAGCAGUGGUUCUUAUAUCAUUCGUAUUCCCUUUGGUCCGAGAAAUAAAUAUAUUCCAAAAGAAGAUCUCUGGCCUUACAUUCCUGAAUUUGUUGAUGGAGCACUUGGCCACAUUAUACAGAUGUCAAAGGUUCUUGGGGAACAAAUUGGCAGUGGGCAUGCUGUCUGGCCGGUUGCCAUCCAUGGUCAUUAUGCAGAUGCUGGUGACUCUGCUGCUCUUAUUUCCGGUGCUUUAAAUGUCCCAAUGCUUUUUACUGGCCACUCACUUGGUCGAGAUAAGUUGGAACAACUUUUAAAGCAAGGUCGACUAUCAAGGGAUGAAAUAAACGCCACUUACAAGAUUAUGCGAAGGAUAGAAGCUGAAGAAUUAGCACUUGAUGGUACUGAAAUAGUCAUAACAAGCACCAGACAGGAAAUAGAAGAACAAUGGCGCUUGUACGAUGGUUUUGAUCCAGUAUUGGAGCGUAAACUACGAGCAAGGAUUAGGCGUAAUGUGAGCUGUUAUGGUAGAUUCAUGCCUCGCGUGGCAGUAAUUCCACCUGGUAUGGAGUUCCAUCAUAUUGUUCCACUAGAUGGUGAUAUAGAAGCUGAACCAGAAGGGAAUUUGGACCAUCCUGCCCCCCAAGAUCCACCUAUUUGGUCCGAGAUAAUGCGCUUCUUUACCAACCCUCGCAAGCCUAUGAUACUUGCCCUUGCUAGACCGGAUCCUAAAAAGAACAUCACAACGCUGGUGAAAGCAUUUGGAGAAUGCCGUCCUCUUCGAGAGCUUGCUAACCUUACAUUAAUCAUGGGUAACCGAGACGGAAUUGAUGAAAUGUCAAGCACAAGUGCUUCUGUUCUUCUCUCAGUACUUAAGCUGAUUGACAAGUAUGAUCUGUAUGGGCAAGUAGCAUAUCCUAAACACCACAAACAAUAUGAUGUUCCUGACAUAUAUCGGCUAGCAGCAAAGACAAAGGGUGUUUUCAUUAAUCCAGCUUUCAUUGAACCUUUUGGUCUUACCUUAAUCGAGGCAGCUGCUUAUGGUUUGCCAAUGGUUGCUACUAAAAAUGGAGGUCCUGUUGAUAUUCACCGGGUACUUGACAAUGGUGUGCUUGUAGAUCCCCAUGACCAGCAGUCUAUUGCAGAUGCCCUUUUGAAGCUUGUUAGCAAUAAGCAGCUUUGGGCGAAAUGUAGACAGAAUGGGUUGAAGAAUAUUCAUUUAUUUUCAUGGCCUGAGCAUUGUAAGACUUACCUGUCUAAAAUUGCCACUUGCAAGCCAAGGCAUCCACAAUGGCUGCGAAAUGAGGAUGGAGGUGAAAGUUCAGAAUCAGAAUCACCGGGUGAUUCCUUGAGAGAUAUACAGGACUUAUCUCUUAAUCUGAAGUUUUCAUUGGAUGGUGAAAGGAGUGGGGGUAGUGGAAAUGAUUCUUUGGAUCUGGAUGGAGUUGCGGCUGAUAGGAGUGCCAAAUUAGAGAAUGCUGUUUUGUCAUGGUCGAAGGGCAUCUCUAAGGACAAUCGCAGGGGUGGGUCUGUUGAAAAAUCAGAUCAAACUGGUAAAUUUCCCCCCUUGAGGAGAAGAAAGCAUCUAUUUGUUAUUGCUGUGGAUUGUGAUACCACUUCAGGUCUUCUUGAUACCACUAAAGCAAUCUUCGAAUCUGCUGGGAAGGAGAGGGCUGAAGGCUCUGUAGGCUUCAUAUUGUCAACAUCAUUAACAAUCUCUGAGAUACAGUCAUUUCUGAACUCAGGUGGCUUGAGUCCCAGUGAUUUUGAUGCUUAUAUUUGCAACAGUGGCAGUGAUCUCUACUAUCCAUCCCUUAACUCUGACGAUCGCCCAUUUGUGGGUGACUUGUAUUUCCACUCACACAUUGAGUACCGUUGGGGUGGAGAAGGGUUGAGAAAGACUUUAGUACGCUGGGCAGCUUCAAUCACUGAUAAGGGUGAUAAUAAUGCACAGGUUGUGAGUCCUGCUGAACAGCUCUCUACUGACUACUGCUAUACUUUCAAAGUGCGAAAGGCAGGAAUGGCUCCCCCUUUGAAAGAGCUCCGUAAGUUAGUGAGGAUCCAAGCUCUGCGUUGCCAUCCUAUAUAUUGUCAAAAUGGUACAAGACUGAAUGUAAUUCCAGUACUGGCUUCUCGUUCCCAAGCCCUAAGAUACCUGUAUGUUCGAUGGGGUUUUGAACUGUCAAAGAUGGUGGUUUUUGUCGGAGAACGUGGCGACACCGAUUACGAAGGACUGGUCGGUGGUUUGCACAACAGUGUGAUAUUGAAGGGAGUGGGAAGCAGUGCUCAGGUCCAUAAUAACAGAAGCUACCCUCUUUCAGAUGUCAUUUCAUUGGACAGCCCCAAUAUCGUUGAGGCAACUGAGGGGAGUAGCAGUGCAGAUAUCCAGGCUUUGAUAGAAAAAGUGGGAUAUCUCAAAGGAUGAUCCUCCUCUGAGGCUUUUCUUGUGUGAAACACUGAAACCAACUUGUGAGUGAACUGAUAAUCUGACACGUCCACAAUGUGCAUAAAGCUUUCUUCCUUCUUCUUCCUCUCUCUGUGACUUAUAUAAUCAUUCUCUUCAUCACAACCUCGCUCCAUGAAGCAUGCUAUUUCCUCUUCUUUUACUCAUCUAAAGUUGUUUGUUUUGUAUCUAGUCUACAUAUAAGUAUUCAAUAAAAAGCUGGCAUUUCUGGUGGUUGCAACAUUCCCUUUCAGUCAUGUGCCAUGGUAGGAGCAUAUGCACAAAUCCAUGAAUAAAGAUUACGAAGUUGAAAAAUCAAGAAUCGUGUAUACAGAAGAUCAUUGUGCUUGAGCCAGGUGUUAUGGCUCGGAUGUCAAAGCCUACAUUGUUUUUUUUUUUUUUUCGUGACAUUCUUGGUUUCUUAUGCAAGUAAUCAUAAAUUUCUUUUGAUGUGGGAAUCUAACUUGAUAUAGAUUUAUGCUUUAGUUUUGCAAUUCAA